GUCCGGGCUACGAAAGCAUGGCAGCUGCUGAGGCUGCGGAGGUGUCGUCAUCUUUGAAAACAGACCCAGUCCCGGUCCCUGACACUGCAGGAACAGCUGCAGCCACGGCCGCCCACUCAUCGGCGACGGCUGCAGCCGCGGCGGUGGCGGCGGCGGCCAGGACGGGGUCCGAAGCCAGGGUCUCCAAGGCCGCUUUGGCGACUAAGCUGCUGUCUCUGAGCGGCGUGUUCGCCGUGCACAAGCCCAAAGGGCCCACCUCAGCCGAGCUGCUGAAUCGGCUGAAGGAGAAGCUGCUGGCAGAAGCUGGAAUGCCUUCUCCAGAAUGGACCAAGAGGAAAAAGCAGACUUUGAAAAUUGGGCAUGGAGGAACAUUAGACAGUGCAGCUCGGGGAGUUUUGGUGGUUGGAAUUGGACGGGGCACAAAAAUGUUGACCAGUAUGUUGUCAGGGUCCAAGAGGUACAUCGCCAUUGGUGAACUGGGGAAAGCGACUGACACCCUGGACUCUACGGGGAAAGUAACGGAGGAGAAACCCUAUGAUAAAAUAACACAAGAAGAUAUCGAAGGUAUUCUACAGAAAUUUACUGGAAAUAUAAUGCAGGUGCCUCCACUCUAUUCUGCUUUAAAGAAAGAUGGACAGAGACUUUCAACUUUGAUGAAAAGAGGUGAAGUAGUAGAAGCAAAACCUGCCAGGCCAGUUACUGUAUACAGUCUCUCCCUUCAAAAAUUCCAACCACCAUUUUUCACAUUAGAUGUUGAAUGUGGAGGAGGUUUUUAUAUCAGAAGCUUGGUCAGUGACAUUGGCAAAGAACUCUCUUCAUGUGCCAAUGUCCUAGAACUGACCCGAACCAAACAAGGGCCAUUCACCCUUGAAGAGCAUGCGCUUCCUGAAGACAAAUGGACAAUCGAUGACAUCGCACAGUCUCUUGAGCACUGCUCAUCCCUUCUUCCAGCAGAGCUGGCUCUUAAAAAAUCAAAACCUGAAGAGUCUAACGAACAAGUUUUGAGCUGUGAAUAUAUCACUCUAAAUGAGACCAAGGGAGAAGAUGAUGUGAUUAAGACAGUUUAAGAUUGGUUUGGGAUCAUCAUCAGUUCCUCAGUUGACAUUUGAAUCCUGAGUGCAGAAUGACAAGCUACAUGCAAAAGACAAGCAACUUUUUUUUUUUUUGCAUGAAGAAAAAGUGCCCAUUGUUUACAGUUCUAUAUUAUGCAAUUGUCUGCUCGCUAUUGAAUAGCCUUGCAGGUGUUGGUUCUUUGCUGUACUGUGAAAUACUUUCUUAUGAUGUUAUUACGCUGUUAGAGUGGAUUCAGGAAAAUCAACUUUCUGUUUUUAGCUCUCUUCAAAGUCUUUUCCUGUGAAAAAGUUGAACCUAUUUUCCCAAUCAAAGAAGAAAUGUGAACUACAUGUUUCUUUGGUGCCUCAUGUGAAUGUACAUCGGUGAUACUCUGACUUCAUUUCGCUUCCUGCUGGCGCUCUGGGAGUGAAACCCUUUCACUGUGUUUGAAAAGGCCACGAUUUAAUGCUGUCCUAUAUUUGGCAGGAUUUAUGAUUAUCAAUAGCAUUUCUUUGCUAAAGCUGCAUUUAUCUGGUGAUAGCUGUGUUUGGAAACUAAUAAACUUUUAUAAUAAAUAUUUAUAAAUGAACCAAGUUAUUGCUGCUGCUUUUAAUGUGAUAAAAGUAGAAGACUUAAUGUUGAAUUCAAUUUACCUCUGUACUAUCGCUAGGACUCCUGUGACUUAUAUUUUGGCAGCUGUGAGAUCUUUUUCCUAGUAGUUUCAUCAGUACAGUUGGCCUACCCUAUACCAAGUUACUAAACAGUAUAAUUUUUAAAAAUCAAACUAAAGACUGUAUCUUCAAUUAAAAAUUUUUACUCUCUAGUCUUUAAUAUUUAUACCUUUUUUAUAGGGCAUCAUCCCCAUGACAUUUCUUUUAGUUUGCUCUUUCAAGUGAUAUUUAUAGAUGCUGGCCUGCAGUUCCAGUUAAUCUCUUCUGCUCUAAAUAUUUAAAAACAGUUUUUCUCAAAUACUUUCACUCAUAUAGGUUACUGAAUAUACCCUUUGCUUCUUUACUAUCAUCAAAAAUACAGUCACCUUACGAAAUAGUAGACUUUAUAUGCAAUGAGUGCUGACAUAUUUUUGUUAUGGAAAAACAGUAUAUUAUGCAGCCAGUUUAUAGAAAUGCUCAAAUUCCACUUCCUUUAUUUAAAAAAAUAAAAUAGUUUCAGAAGGAAGAAUGAUGAAAAAUUUCAUAAAAUAAAAGUUCUUAAAUUUUUAUGAAUGACCUUUCUUUAAGAGGUGGUUGAUUUAAAAAAUGUUUUUAAAUAUUUGAAAUAAUUAAGUGGUUUUAUUUGUGGUUCGCCUAAUAUAAAUUCAGUAUAAAAAGUUAUAUGCCUCAGUAGAGCACUUUUGGUAUAUUGGGGACAUUUUAAAUGAAAAUAUUACAACUAAUUUUUGUCAUGACACAAAAUUAUAAGGAAGGUCUUGGAUAUCUUGACGUGUUAACUAAAAUACCAAACACACCAAGUUGUAACAGCAGGCUGCAAUGGUAGUUAUUCAUAUCUAGUUCCCUGUGGCUUGCAUCAAGCACAGGGGCAGGGCUGGGAGGCCGGUGAUACCAUUUCUUCGUUCACUGCCACUCGAGGUACAAAUUGAGGAAUAUUUAAAGUCUUCGAAAACAACCAGGCCAUUUGCCUCAACUUAAAACUAACGUGAUUUACUGGUGGGGAAGAGCAGAGAUGAGAUGAUUUGGAAAGACAAAUAACUUAUUAAAAUACUAACCAACUUUCAUCGUGACAACACUGAAGAGAAUUCUGCUAAAUGGGAAUACUACCCUCAUCAUCCUGACACAGUGAUAUCAGAACUUUAAUCCUGGGUUGAUAUUUUACCUUUUAUUGUUAUUUGUCACAUACUUAUAGUCAUAAGACAAUUAUACUUUUUAAUUGUUUUCCCCCAUUUUUAAUUAUCUGACUCCCUUUCUGUUUAGUUUUGCUAAUGCUAAUUUUAAUCACAUUCAGUUUUUAAAAUCAUUUCCCUGUUGCUAAAUGUUUAAGUUAUUUUCAAAUAUGUUAGGAUAAAUUCCUCAGAGUGCAAUUAUUAUGUGAAAUAAUAUGAACCACUUUAUGGUUCUUAAUAUGUUUGCCUUAUGCUUUCCCAAAGAGUUGUAACAAUUUAUGUGUCAAAUUGGAGUAUAUCAGUUCAGUAAAAGUUUACAGCUUUUGGUGGGGUUUUAUGUGUUGUUGCUAAUUUAGUAGGUGUAACAGUUCAACAUGGCUCUGUUUGCUUUAUAGUCUUUUGUGGAUUUUUCUGUAUACUUUUUUCAUUUAUAUAAAUAAAUGUCUUAAU